AUGUCACAAACACUUCCAAUCAAACCUGAAUCACGAGCAGAACUCGAAAACAUCGUAAAAGUGUCCGAAUAUUCGGUGAAAUUUGGCGCGGAGAAAGAACAAAUCGCGAGAGAAGCGGUCGAAAAGAACGGAUUUGAUUUCUUAUGUGCGGGGAGAAAUCCAGUUGGAUUCGUCUUUUAUGAAUUUACCAAAGGGGAGAUGCUUUUACAAGCGAAGAGAGCGAAGGAGAGCGAAGAAAAGAAGAGGAAAAGGACGACCACGGAAGAGGAGGAGGAGAACAAGCGCAUCGUUCAACACACGCAAUAUCCUUCUCGGCCGAACAUGAAGAUUGCGAUUCUCGAAGUCGUCAAGAAACACCUCCAACCGUUUUACGAGAACAAAGACAUCUCGAAAGAGGAAUACAAAACGAUAUGCAAAAAAACGUGCGAGAAAGUGAUGAGCAAAGAGUUACAGGUGAAAGACGAGGAAGAGAGCGUGAAACUGUGGCUGGACGAACACGCGAAAAAGAAAAUUAGAGGUUUGGUGGAGACGUUCGUGGAGAAGACGCGCAACGCGAAAGAUUAG